AUGAGCUUUAUGAUCUCUAUGUCACUCCUGCUGCUGAUCAACGUAUCUACAGCUUUCAGCUCUGACCCGUGCUCUGAAUAUAACACUAUUGAUGACUACUGGAGAGACAUACGACAGAACCAAUACUGGGACAGCGGCCAUGAUGACAGUCUUGUUGAGUGGAACGGCUGGUAUCGGCUGUAUCUGAAUGGAGAAAGUGCUCAGAUGUCUGAGUGGUGUGUGAGUUAUAUGGGAUGUGGAGGUUAUACUGGACUGUUACUCAACGGUUCUCAUCCACGACUGGAGGAUGGAGUGGUGACCCGUGAGGUCAUGGGAGGUCACUUAUGGUACUCCAACCAGUGUGACAGCUACAGAUCAAACCCCAUCCAGGUCAAAGCUUGUCCAGGACAUUAUUAUGUCUAUGAACUCAUCACACCAGAUGUGUCACUGCAAACACCUUCAUAUUGUGCAGUUUCUUUCAGCAGCAUCAGUGAUGAUCCCUGUUACAACUAUGAGUCUCUGGAUCGUCCCUGGAGAGCAACAAAUGAAACUGGAUUGUGGAUUUGUGAUGAAUACUUCUCCUGGAGUGGCUGGUACAGACUUUAUCAUUAUGGGAUGAACAUCCAGAUGCCAGAGACCUGUGUUCAUCCAUACAGCUGUAACACAGUACUUGGUCUGUCGCUCAAUGGUCCUCAUCCUCAGAUAGAAGAAGGGAUGGUGACCCGGGAGGUCUGUGGGGGGAAUUACUGGACUGAUAACUGCUGUACUUACAAGUCAAAACCCAUCAGAGUAAAGGCCUGUCCAGGAAAUUAUUAUGUCUAUGAACUCGUGAAACCACAAUGGUGUUCAGGAUACUGCACAGAUGUCAGCACUAUAGUACAGACUGAUUCUACAACAACUCCGGCUGUGAUAAGUGUAACCAGCUUCACCAUGGGUGACCCAUGCUCAAACUACAACACACAGGACGACUACUGGAGGAGCACCAAUUACUGGUACUGGUAUGGAUAUAUAAACGGUCAUGAUGACACACGUGUGAAAUGGGACGGCUGGUAUCGACUCUUUAUCAAUGGAUCCAGAGCUCAGAUGCCCGAGUGGUGUGUUUAUUACAUGUCAUGUGGAGGUGUCAGUUCUCUGUAUCUCGGUGGAUCUCAUCCUCGAGUAGAAGAUGGAGUUGUUACUCGUGAAGUCUACGGCUCUUAUUAUGACCAGUGCAGUCGUUUCACAUCCAACCCAAUCCAAGUCAAAGCUUGUCCUGGAGAUUAUUAUGUCUACAAACUGACCAGACCAAAUGUAGCCAUCCCAGCUCCUUCAUAUUGUGCAGUUCCUUUCAACACACCAAGUGUGGACCCCUGUGGCAACUACACCAGUCUGGAUGAACCCUGGAGAUCCACUGAUAAUUCUUUCUAUAACUCUAACUACAACAGCUACCAUGUCAUGUGUGAUUAUAAUGUUGAGUGGAAUGGCUGGUACAGACUCUUCAUCAGUGGUCACAGCUCCCAGAUGCCAGAAUCAUGUUUUAGUGAAGGGAUGUGUGGCACUUAUAACCCACUGUAUCUCAGAGACCCUCAUCCACAGCUGGAAGAUGGAGUGGUCACACGACACGUCUGUAUGUCCUCAUGGAAUGGAUGCUGUGGUUAUGAAUCUCAUCCCAUACAAGUCAAAGCCUGUCCAGGAGAUUAUUAUGUUUAUCAGUUUGUCAAACCGCUGCACUGUGCUGCUUACUGUGCAGCUGUGACUGAUCCAUGCCUUUCACUCAACUGUACUGAAGAUGAACGGUGUGGAGAGAGAAAUGGUGUUCACGGCUGUUUCUGCAAAGACAACCAGACCAUAUCUGAACCUCACUCCUUGGUUAGAAUCACUUCACAACAAAAUCACAAAUGUGAACCUUUCUCUCUCUCUCUUUUUUUUAAUGCUGACAAUGUUUUUUCCUCAGAUUACUCUGAAAGCUGUGAGAGCAGUUCAGGAUCUAUAUCUCUGUCUCGCUGUCAGCUGUUUGAAGCUGGUUUUUCAGCUCAUCUUCUACAUCUCAAUGAGCCCAGCUGUAGAGGAACCAUCCAGAAUGGAAGAGUGCAGUUUCACUUUGAUAACAAUGAUCACAUCUGUGGCACCAGACUUGUGGCCAACGGCACUCAUAUCAUCUAUGAGAACUUUAUUUUGGGGACACCAGAGUCAGCCGCAGGUCUCAUCAGCAGAGAGAAAAUACUGAAGCUAAAUUUCAGCUGUAUUUACCCACAAACACAAACACUUUCUAUGAUAGACAUCAACCCACUGGAGACCAUUGCACACAGGAUUCUUCCCGCUGGUGAAGGGAGGUAUCAGGUGAGAAUGGUUCCAUAUCAGGAUUCUGAGUUCUCUCAGCCCUUCACUGGUCGUGUGGAUGCAGAACUCAACCAGCAGAUGUUUGUUGAGGUUGGUGUUGACGGGGUUGACAGCAGUCAGUUUGCUACGGUGAUUGACACAUGUUGGGCUACACCUGUGAAUGAUCCAGAUUACAGUCUGCGCUGGGAUCUCAUCACUGGAGAGUGUCCAAAUCCACAAGACAACACAGUGGAGCUUCUUCAGAAUGGUGUCUCAACAUCCAGCCGUUUCUCCUUCAGGAUGUUUAUCUUCACAAACGCAACUAAAGUUUACCUGCACUGUUCUGUUCAUCUGUGUCUUCUGUCCAACAAUUACUGUUCAACUGUGAGUUAA